AAGCGCUGAGCACGGGAGGUGCAGUGGCAGAUGCAGCAGCAGCCUUGCUGGCGGAGACAGAGGCAGCUGCUGCUGCUGCUGCAGCCGUUCCCGGUCGUCCUCCGCAUCUUAACGCCGCCGCUGCUGUUGGUGAGCCGCCAGCAACAACCUCGCCAGCCUCGUUGGAAGCAUCCUCUUCCAUCUUCCAACAUGACAGUGCGCCGCAAGCAUCUACGAUGCUUCCAAUGCCGCCAUCGUCGCAGCACCAGCAACAGCAGCAACAGCAGCAAACAGGCGAAGGAGAAGACACCGCGAAUGAGUACGACAGGCUCUGGGCGGCGGCCACGGCGGCGGUGGCGGCCACGUCAGCUGCGGCGCUCAUGUGUGCCCCCGACCGCACUCCGCCGCUGCUGUGCCUGUCCAAGCUGCCCUGGCUGCUGCAUGCGACAUCGGACUGGGCCCUCCAUGUGAUGCGCAGCCGGCCGCUGCCGGUAGCCGACGUGUUGUCGCUGCUGCAGGGGCGCUCUGACGGCGUGCGAUGGCAGUACCUGCACCACCUGGUGUACUGCGGCAGCGGCAGCAGCACCGGCAGCACCGGCAAAAACAGCACCGGCCACAGCAGCAACAGCAACAGCAACAACAACAACAACAUCGCCACCACUGCAGCAGCAGCGGCUGACCUGCGGUCAGGAGGUGCCACGCCGGAAAGGGGUGGUGAUGAGCCGCAUGGAGGUGCCGCGGCUUCUCAUUCCCCCUCUUCUUUUUCCGCCUCCCCCGCCCUGCACCGUGACCCCGCCCUUCACACCGAGCUGGCGUUGGAGCUGGUGGAGUGCCUGGGGGCGCUCAUGCAGCAGCCGCAGGGAGGUGGGCGGGCGCAAGGAGGUUUCUCGCAUCAUGAGGAGGGAGGAGGGCAGCAGCAGCAGCAGCAGCAGCAACAGGGGCCGGAGCAGCAGCAGCAGGAACUGCCGCCGGCGUUACCGCCGCUAGUAGCAUUGUUGACAAGAUACCCCUCGGAAACACCAACAGCUGCUGGAGCCCUGCCAGCCGCUGCCUCUCCGCCGCAGCACCCGCCGCAUCGGAUAGGUCUGUCCCCCCACCGCAUGCUGACCUCCGGAGGCACCGUUGUACUUCCACAAACCACGUACGACAAUAACGUACGGCAGCAGCGGUUGAACUCCCAACAGCCGCCGCAGCAGCAGCCCUCAUCACUGCUCUUGCCGCCGUCGCAAGGCUCCCACGGUGUCACCGCCGCCGCCGCCACCGCUGCGACCGCUGUGGACGGCGGCGGCGGCGGCGUUCCUGCUACUAGCGAGCUCGCUUGGUUGGCCACCAUCGGAUCUAUACCCGCGGCGGCGGUGGCGCGGCUCCUAAGACUAGCGCUGAGAGGAGCCCUGGCGGCGGCGGGACAAGAUCCUUCCGUCGCCAACGUCGCCGCCGCCGCCAACGUCGCUGGCGGCGGCGGUGCAGUUGACGACGGCGGCAGCACCGCCGCCGGCAGCCUUCCGCUGCUCCGUGCGUUAUCCCGCGGCGGCGACGGCGCGGGGAUUGGUACGGCAGCCGGAUUGCGUGCCGUACUGCAGCACCACUUGUACUUCUCUCAGUUGUACGACGCAACUAUUGUACUGCAGGCCGUACAAUCCUGCUCCCCCGACUGCAGCCAUCUGCUAGCUCGAG